CGUGUAGAUACUAGGAAAGGACUAUAUGACGAUACAUUACUGAAGUUAGAAAGGAAUUUUGAAACUGCCACAAACAUCGCCAUAGUGCCAACUGCAAUAGAUCAAGACAGGAAAAAUAAAAAGCAGGUACUUUACAGACCUCAUUAGUGAUAUUGUCAUUACCACUUCUGACGUUGAAAUUGUUUUCUUAUAAAUCAUAGGAGUUGGCUGAUAGUAUAGCAUACAGCAAGAACAUAAGCGUCCUUUCAUCAUCAGCAGAAGAACAAGCAGCAGAAAAUGAGAAAUUCUGGUCAGCUAUAUCAAAUGUCAUUAUCAGUGGGUCGAUUCCAACUACGCUUCAGCAAAACCUCAUGUCAAGACUUAGACGAGGCAUAUCACCUGCACAUAUGCGCGGAUCAGUUUGGCAAGCGUUAUCCAAUGCAACCUCUUUACAUCUAGAAAGACUUUAUGAUCAAUUGAAGAAUGAACAUACCACAUUCGAAUACUUGAUUCAAAGAGAUGUAACUAGAACGUUUCCUAAUACAAAAAUGUUCAGUCAGCAAAGAGGACAAGAUGCUUUAGCACGCGUUUUACGCGCGUACAGUUUGUACGACGCUGAUGUUGGUUAUUGUCAAGGAUUGGCAUUUCUAGUCGGCCCGUUAUUAUUGAACAUGCCUGAAGAGGCUGCAUUCUGCGUAUUUGUAAGACUUAUGGAUACUUACGGUAUGCGUACUUUAUUCACACCAGAUAUGGAUGGCCUACAUUUAAGUUUAUUUCAGUUUGACGCUUUAUUACUGGAACUGCUGCCUGAUUUGCAUCAGUUUCUACGAUCUUUUGGUAUUCAAUCACAAAUGUACACUUCGCAGUGGUUCCUAACAUUAUUCGCCUAUAUUUUUCCACUACCCUUGAUUUUUCGCAUUUAUGAUAUUAUCUUUCUUGAAGGGCCAGUGGAAACAAUUCUACGCACUUCGUUGACAUUGCUAAAAAAGUCAGCUGACAAAUUAUUAAAACUCACAGAAUUCGAAGAAAUCAUGGCUUAUCUUUCAACCAAGCUAAUAGAACCUUACGAUAGCAAUUACGACGCCAUUAUCAAUGAUACAGCUGAAUUACACAGCAUUGUGACAAAGACGAGGUUGAGAAACUUGGAAAGCAGAUAUCGUCAAUUUCGGGCUAAGAAGGAAAGCGCUACAAAACUUAUUCGUAGUGAAAAAUCAGCCAAAGCCAACAGUGUCAGCAGUGAAUUACCAACAGCCAUAACAGCAACGUCAGUAUCGCCACCAACAUUGGUGGAAACACUCAAAAAGCGUGAUGACCAAAAAUCGAAAAGCUGGUUUGGAACUGUUAAAAGGGCGCGUUCUGUGAUGCUAACUAGAGCCGACACUGAAAAACUCAAAACUAUGGCGCACAGCAGACAAGAGGUAACAUCAAUAUCAAAGCUCUCAUCAAAUAGCAAUAACAACAAUAGUAGCCAACGCAAGCCUGAGAUGCAAGUACUUCAUCAGCAAAUUGAAGACUUAGUCAAGGCAUUAUCAGAAGUACAAAAAGACAACAUGUUAUUAAAAGAUAAAAUACAGCUUUUGACUACACAGCAGCAACAUCAAGCAACAGUAACAUGUGAGAAGGUCAAAAGUGAGACUUCUGCAGACAAAACCAAGCAUUGUUAUGGUUGUGGUAAUAUGGCUACUCAUCAAGAGUCAAACUUCAGUAAUUAUUGCUACUGUGAGUUGGAAAAGUUAUACGUAGAAGCCAAGAUAAAGAUCAAUAUUUUAGAAACAGUAUUAAGUGAUCAGCAAGGACGAAGAAGCCCAACUGUGUCCUCACCCGUGACAUCUCCUACCCUUACUCGGUCGUCUUCUAUUCGUAGUAAUCGAUCGACUUUUUCUGAUCUGUCAUCGUUACCUUCGCCUUCUUCCUCAAUUACCACCUUGGUAGAAGAAUUUAUACCCACUGCAACAACAGAAAAGCAUGAGGCAGCCGACGGUUUUGCUGCGAUCAUGCCACCGAAACUACAUCGAACCAUUGAUCAUCCAGCCACAGCUAGGGAUCAAAUCAAUCCACCGUCACCUACAUAUCAAUUACACCCAUCAAGUCAAUAUACCUUUUAAUUGUUGAUCAAUUGAUUUUUUUUUUUUGAAACUACAUAAUACGUCCCCCCAUCACCGAAUCAUCUUAACUUCAUUACAAACAUACUUUGUAGAUACCAAUAUUGUACAAAUAAAAUUUUCCUUUGCUUCUUUCAUGUCUUAAAAGAAGAAACCCUUCAAUUUGCAUAUAACACACAUACAGCACAAAAGCUUGCUCAG